UCGUCCCGCCCUCCCCUGCCAUUGGCCGGCGUGCGGCCGCCGCAGCCAAUCGCGCGCGGGGAGGUGGUGGGGCCCCGCAAGAUGGAGGAGUACGCGCGCGAGCCCUGUCCCUGGAGGAUAGUGGAUGACUGCGGAGGGGCCUUCACCAUGGGGGCCAUAGGAGGGGGCAUUUUCCAGGCUAUCAAAGGCUUCCGAAAUUCCCCAGUGGGUGUCAACCACCGGCUGCGUGGCAGUUUGACAGCCAUUAAAACCAGAGCUCCACAACUGGGAGGGAGUUUUGCUGUCUGGGGAGGUCUCUUCUCCAUGAUUGACUGCAGUAUGGUCAGGAUGAGAGGGAAGGAAGAUCCCUGGAAUUCCAUCACGAGCGGAGCCCUGACUGGAGCCAUUUUAGCUGCAAGAAAUGGCCCUGUUGCCAUGGUCGGAUCUGCUGCGAUGGGAGGAAUUCUCCUGGCCUUGAUCGAAGGAGCAGGAAUUCUGCUGACAAGAUUUGCCUCCACACAGUUCCCAAACGGCCCACAGUUGUCAGAGGAUCCAUCCCAGCUCCAGCCACCCCCGUUCAGCGACUACCGACAGUACCAGUGAUGGUUCCCAGCCACCGCCUCCUCCUCUUCCUCCUCCUUUUCCACUUCCUUCCCUGUUCCUGAGCGGUCCCACCUGGAGGAUGCGGAGGGGGUUUGUACUUAACACCAGUGGUUGUCCCUUACACACCAUGCCAGGAGGACCUGCAGCAUUUCUUAAUGUCAAACUGCUCAGGAGAACUUUUAGAAAAGAAAAUCUAUUUAUUCCUGAUAUAUUCCGUUGCUGUAAUGUUACACAUGUCUGGUAGAAUACAAGGAGGUUUGAGACAAGGA